AUGGGGAACCACAGGCAAGCCGAACCACAGAGUGGACCGUCGUCCCCCGGGAAGCCGCGUGUUUUCCCCUCGUACCAUGAUCCUGCAGAGAUGCUGUACCUGAAGAGAUCCAACCUCACACACGUCCCCGACACCGUCCUGCAGAACAGCACCCUGACGUUUUUGUGCCUGGAGGGAAACCAGAUCUCCGUGGUCCCAGAUUCCCUGUUCCCCGGCCUGCCCCGGCUGCGCUGGCUGGACCUCAGGAGGAACAUCAUUACGCUGCUGCCGCCACAAAUUGGCUCUCACAGGUCUCUGGAAACGCUGCUGCUGGAGGGGAAUCCUAUCUCAGAGCUCCCGCCAGAGCUGGGAAAUGUAAUUACCCUGCGAGGCCUGAGCCUGAGGGACUGUCCCCUCCGGUUCCCUCCUCGAGAAACCCGGCACCAGGGGCUCCCGGCCAUCCUGCGGUUCCUCAGGAACGCUCUGGCCGAGCGGGAAAGAGCGGGAAAGACUUCCCCAGGUGAAUUUCCAGUGGUGGAGAAGCUGCAGCUGUCAGACCUGACAGGCUCCAGCGCAGAGGAGCAGGACGAGUCGGUGGACGACGACGCCUUGCAGAGAUUCAAGGAGCUCAAGGACAGCUUGAUGCAACUGGACCAAGCUGAACUAAACUCAGUAGCUCGUGGUGACAAAAAACCAAAGUCACAAGUGCCUCGCAUCGCCAAGAGAAACAAAGAGGCCCUUCCAAAGCAGAGCACACAAACCGAAAACACCAAGGAGAAGAAAACGUUCAAGCUCAAACAGAAGAGGCCCCAAAGACAAAGAAAGAGAGAGCCUGCAGCUUUGUGUUGCAACAGCUGUGUCAUCCUUGAUGUGGACGAGCUCCCAGACAAACACUACGAGCUCUUCGUUGUGUUACAGGAAGCAGAUUCAGAGGCCGGGCCGGAGGACAGAAGUGGUUGUUGGCCGUCGGCCACAGACGCUGAACAGGACAGAUCGCUCCGGAAACUGCAUCAACAGAUCUACGCGUGUGUUGAGAGGAUGCACGAGACACACAGGAAUCCCAGGGGCACAAAGAGCGAGCAGAUGGCAGCGGUGGAGGAGGAUCUGGCAGAGAUGAGGAAGUUACAGGCACGUCUUGCUCAGAGGAAGCAAAACCCCACGUCUUGACAAAUGUUUCACCUGGACAAACUCUCUUUUUAAGUGACAGGGACCGUCACUUCCUUGUUUGAGUUAUCACUAUUAAAUUAUAUUCACU